UCAACGUGUGUAGUGUUCGUGGUUUUUAAAACGUAAAAAAUUGGAGACCAUGUUUUUUAUCGUAGCCGGUAUAUUAUGUUUAGCACUUUAGCUGCAGUUAGCAGUUGCUAGUUUUAAUGUUUAUUUUGAAUAAAUAAAAAUAAUAAUAAUUAUAUAAAAUAUAUAAGACGGUUCUUAAUCUUUAAUUUAUGUAUGAUAAAUACUGCAUUUAAAAUAACGAUUAUGUUUUUGUAUUCGAAAAAUUAUUAGUCAUUUAUCUAAAUAUAUUAUUGUUUCAUUUUAAAUUAAUAAAAGUCAUGUCGAUAUUAAAUCCUAGAGAUAUAUCUACUUUGCCUUGGUAUUAUGACGAAUUUGGAACGAUGGAUGUAUCAGUUGAUUCUAAGGACAAACUCUUCGAGUUUGAUGAGCUUAAAAUAGAACCAUUGUCACCUUGUUUUGGUGAUGAUAUAAAAUUCAAUACAGGACUUAGCGAUCUAGAUACUGAUUAUAUGAUGCAAUGGAACAUUGAAUCAUGUUUAGAAAAUGGUAUUGAUUUAGAAAAAAAUUCAUUCAAAUCAUCACCUCCAUCAUCUCCUUCUUCUAAUGGGUCAAUGCCAAGUGGUGAUUCACAAUCAUCAUUUGAUUCAAACCAAAUAUUACCAAGGACAUUAUCACCAAGUAUAAGUAAUGAAAAUACAAUUUAUGAUACUAAACCAGUAUUUGCUGUAAAAUCUAUGAAUGGAAGUAGAACAUUACCAAAACUAGAAAUAUCUCCAACACCAAUCAAACCAAAUUUUAAUACAGUUUCCAGAACUAAUAAUAAUUUCAAUGUUUCUUCAAUGCUUACGGAUCAUAUUAAUCAAUCUCAAGUUACAAUUUCAAAAUCAUUUGCAUCAAAUCUUCCACGAAAGAUUAUAUUAACUCCAGAUCAAUUUUCAAAAAUUACUAAAUUGCAAAAAAAAAAACAAAGACUAACCGCUGUACCAAUAGUACCAUUAGUAUCAAGUACAUCAGAAGUUAAUACUCAAUUGACAUUGCCAGUUGAGAUUGAUUUAGCAAAGUCUAAAAAUUCUACAACCACUUUACAAUAUAAUCAAUUAAGUGCAAUAAAACGACAUCAACGUAUGAUACGAAAUCGAGAAGCAGCAAGCUUAUCUCGUAAAAAGAAAAAAGAAUAUGUAACAUCAUUAGAAGAAAAAAUAUGUAUAUUGGAAAAAGAAAAUCUUGAAUUAAAAAUUGAAAAUUCAGCAUUGAAAGAAAGGCUCAAAAUUUUUGACAAAUUAUCAUCAAUAACAGACAGGCCCAUUAUCAAAAAAGCCAAAAAAGCUACAGCUAUUUUAUCAGUAGUUUUUAUGAUUUCUUUAAAUGUUGUACCUUCAGGGCUUUUCAAUAUAAGGCAAUUUGACAAAUCAGAAAUGCAAAUGAAUCACGGGGAAAAUUACAACACAAAAAAUAUUGAAAACAUAAAUUUUCAUAGCAGAAAUCUAUUAUGGAUCAAUGAUUUUGAAGAUAGUAAUUCAGCGUUAAAUGCUACUGAAAAUUUGAUGUGUCCGACAUUUAUAAAUGUGUCUGAAUCAAAAAGAAUUGAUAGUGAACUCCGGAAAUGGAUUGAACCAAAGAAUUUGAAAUUGUUAAAUGAUAACUUAUCUAUGGUUUAUGUUGAACCUCCAAUUUUAAGUACUACUAUUGAACAUUCUAAACAUAAUGAAUACUUUGUAAACAAAGACAUAAAAAUGGAAAAAUCCCAAAAAAGGAAUUUUAAAAAAAGAAAGAAUGUUCCAUCUAACAACGAUUUCAUAGGAAUAUUUGCUCAGAUGAAGUUAGAUAGUAAAGAAAGUUUAUUUGAUUCCAUUGAAAGGCAAGAUGAUACAUUCUAUGUUGUAUCUUUUUCUGGUGAUCAUUUAUUAUUACCAGCUAGCCAUAAUGCUUCUAAUACUACUCUUCGACCAAAGAUGUCACUUGUUUUUCCAACCCUAUCAUCAAAUGGUUCAGAUUUUGUCACUAUGAUUCAAAUUGAUUGUGCAGUAACUGAUACAAAAACAUUACAUAUUCGAGAUACUCACUUAAGACAUAAUAAUGAUUUUAAAAAUAAUGUUUCUUCAAACUUAAAACAACACAAUGGUCAUAGAAACAAUAUAGCACAUAAACCCUAUUUUGUACGACAAAGUUACUCUGGUUCAAUGUUCAGCAAAAUGAAUCAUGAACUUCCAAGUUACUAAUAUUGUAAUAUAUUUUAAAAUCAGAAAUCAUAUCUCAAUCAUCUCUUAUAAUUGAAUGCAAUUUUUUCUUUAUAAUAAACAUAGAUAUACCAUAUACUAAUAUUAUGAAUUAAUAUGUUUAUUAAUUCCUACAAAAAUUAGCAUUCAACUGGAAAGUUAAACUAUUGAUAUAUGAUUUAAUUUACUUACUUUAGAUUUGUACUGUAUUCAUAAUUUAGCAUAUUGUAUGUACAGUAAAAUAUAAAAAUAGAAUUUGUAGUUUUUAUAUUUAAAUUUAAUAUUAUAUAAUUUAAUAUUAUAAAUAAUGUAAUAGACUUUUUUGUUAAUAUUCUACAAACUUUUUUUCAUAGAUAAAUCAUUAUUCAGAGUUUUAUUGUUACAUCGCUAAGUUAUUAUAACUUAAAGUUUUAGAUUCCUUAAAAAUUUUCAUUUAUUAAUAUUUCGAUUAUUUAAUCUUAAAAAUUAAUAUUCAUAAACAUCGUAGUCCAAAUCUUUUGAAUUUUAUAUUUAUUAUUAUUGUAUUUUAUUAAUUGUAGUCUGAGUUGUUUAGAUUGGCAAUUCACACAAAUAAUAAUUUUAGAUAAUUCAAAUUUUGUAGGUUUUUGGUAGUCUAAUAUCUAUUCAAAAUUAUGUUUUAUGUAUAAUAAUUAUUGCUUUCAUACUUUUUCAUACUUCCACUCCAUUCCUUCCUACCAGUAUUUAAUAAGGAACUGUAAUAUAUAUGUACAAUAAAUAUUCUUUUAAGAGUUUUAUGAAACUCAAAGCUUUUAAUUAUACCAUUCAACAAUAAAUUGGUUAAUUUGUUUGUAUUUAUUUAUAUUCAUUUUUAAAUUAUCGAGACUACUCUAUUAUGAUACAGUUUAAACAAUAUUAAUAAACUAAUAACUGCUGAUGAUAGUUAUUUUUUUUUAUAUUUGAAUGAUCUAAUAUAGAUUAUCUACAUAGAUUUGUGGUAAAUAUAUUUAACAUAAUAUUAACUAUUAUCAUUGUAAAAUGUUUUGAACAAUGUAUUAGAAAAUACUAAAUUUUAGAUUGGUUUGUAAUUUUAUAAUAUUCCUAAGUUUUAUUAGAUUUAAUUAUAAACAAGCAAUAAUUUACAAUGUAUUAAUUUAACAGUAUUUUUAACCCAUUUUUUACAAAUAUUUUAUGAUCAAAAUAAUAUGGAGGUGUCCAAGAUUGUUUUAUUUAAAUUUUUUUAUUUUAUAUUUUAAUUUAUGUUAAACAAUUUUUUGUUUAUUUUGUAUUUCUUUUAUGGUUCCUUAAAAAAAAAUAUAUAUGGUAGAUUUAUUUAUUUUUUUUGGUUUUAGUGAGAUUCAACUAUAUUUAUAAUGUAUUAUUAUAUUUAUUUUCCCUUUUAAAUUUUAUAAAAUAGGUAGUAUAAUAUUAAUGUGAUUUUUGUUUUGUAUGUAUUCUAAACUAAUAAAUGAAAUAUAUUUAUAAA